UCAAAUAGGAGGUUGUCACCGUUAUUUCUGGACGCAUGCGCCAUACCGCCUUCGUUCCUGGCGAAUUUUACCUGCCGGCAGCUGCCUGUGCUUUUCAAUAGGCUCCCGGCCGCCCUGCGCUCCGUUAGCGAGCAGGUAACAGGCAGCCCGCCUCUGCGCUCGCCGGCCCCAGGUGCUGCGUUUCGGUCUUUCUUUUCUCACAACAAAGAGACUCUCUGGAGAUUCCGCUGCUUCGAAACUCUUUCCAGAGACGGCGGACUAGCAGAAAACAAACGCGAAGCUGCGCCCGACCCGAACGCACAAGCAGAGGGAGAAGUUGGAGAAGAUUUUUCUUCUAAAGAAAAGUUUCUCUCGCGUCCAGCUCCCUCGCCCUGUCUCAUUCGGGCAGGUUAGCUGGGAUCGCUUUCACCUGGCGCCGCCAGCGAGGGACGGAGAGGGCACAGACGAAACGUUACCUCAACAUGCCCAGAGCCUUUCUCGUCAAGAAGCCCUGCGUCUCCCCGGGCAAGAGGAACUGGAGCGACCUGCCCGACGACGAGCGGGGGGAGAUCUACAUCCCGGUUUCACUGGGCGUCUCCACCUGCUUGGAGGAGUCGGAGGCCAGCCCAGCGGAGUCGGCCCUGUGCCUGUCCACGCGCCCCCCCCACACCCCUACACUGCCACACGCUGCCGAGCUGCCGUCAUGCACAGCGCAGGGCACAGGUCAGAGUUCAGAGGUCAAUGGCAGCUGCUUGAAGAAGACCACCUAUGUGCGGUCCAAAAUGAAGGUGACAACAGGUGAGCCGCCUUCAGGUGAGCUCUUCACCUGUCAGGUGUGUCAGAAGAGCUUUCAGUUUCAACGGAUGCUGAAUCGACACAUGAAGUGUCACAACGACAGCAAGAGACACCUGUGCACUUACUGUGGGAAGGGUUUCAACGACACCUUCGACCUGAAGAGACAUGUCCGCACACACACAGGCGUUCGGCCCUAUAAGUGUGGCCAGUGUGAGAAGGCCUUCACGCAGCGCUGCUCGCUGGAGUCCCACAUGAAGAAGAUCCACGGCGUGACCCAGCAGUACGCCUACAAGGAGCGGCGCAGCAAGCUGUACGUGUGCGAGGACUGCGGCUACACCGCCCCCACGCAGGACUCCCUGCUGCAGCACCUGCACGACGCGCACCCCCACAGCCCGCUGCUGCGCAAGACCACCGCCAAGAGGCUGGCGGGCGCCCUGCACUGCGGCUCGCCCCUGCAGAGCGACGACGAGCCGCAGCCCUGAGCGCGGCCAGCGGGGGGGGCUGCUCCCGGCUCUGUCCUGCUGGAAGGUGAAGGCCGCUGCUCCCCGCCUCUUCCUCCGCCCUCUGGCUCCGAGCGCCGCGGCCACAGAAGUUCAAACACCACCCGAAACUCGAGGGGGGAGAGAGUCACCCCAGCCCGGGCCCUGAGCGGCACGGCUGUCUGACACACAAAAUACUGCGAUCUGUUCAGGACAGAACGGAUCCUGGGACUGGGACUGGACGUGGGCACGGGAAAUGUUUUUAUUUGUUUUUAAAUGAAAGUGUUUUGUAUGCUGUGCCUGCCCUGUGUGGAAUUGCUGUGUCUGAGUUGGUGCUGUGCAGAUACAGGGGUCCCUGUCCCCCAAAAGAGCCCUGGGUGACCUAGGGCAGAGAAAUGCUGUGUUCUUGGGGGCUCCAUGAGUCUCUGACUCUACCUGACUGCGGGAUUCUGGAGAUACCGGGAGAAGUUAAUGGUUCCUUGAGAUCCCUCUGAGUCUCCAGAUGGAAAUGCUGAACUGAACUGUGGCUGAACCUCAGGGACCUCAGGCUGGGGAGUAGCAGCAAACCCGGCUGUUGCUGUAGCAGCAGGAGACCCUGUGGUGGCAGAGUGGGAUCAACUGUAGCAGAUAAAACCUGAAAUGCAUAAACCUGGUCAUUUUUCUGGUGCCAUAUAGAAUAUAUCCCAGAGAUCAUGUUGUUCAUCCUUUCUGCUUUGAUGCAUGUGGUAGCAGAAAAAGAAGUAAUAAUUAUUCUGAACAAAAAAGAAAAUUAUUCUUUCCAAGACUCCCUGUGCAAAGCAGUGUGAACCAUGCCAUGUUUUACAGAGAAUAUAGUUGCUUCUACAUGCGUUUUGAACAAUGGUGGUAAAACCUGGAGUGGAUUUGACUGCUGUGCACGAGGAGUCUGGCUGAUAACACUGCAGAUCCUGGAGUGGAUUAGAUUGCUGUGCAAUGGGAGUCUUAUUGACAACACUGUAUUUUUAUUGGAGUUUUAUGUGUAAUGUUUUGUACAGUUGAUAAAGGAUGGCAGUAAUUCGGAUAUUCCCUGGAAAUUGUAUAUUCCUUAUUUAUCAAGGUGAAAUGUGUUUACCAGGAAUGGGUAGGUGGUGCUGUUUUUCUAUGUGUGGAUUUGUGCAAGGCACUGUGCUCAGAGGCGUGGGUGGGUGGCUGGGGCGGGGCAGGGGGACUGGGGGGCAGACAGAGCUGUACGAUAUUAAAGAGGGGUCCAGUGCCCUGGCCAGUC